GAUGUAGGAAGAUCAGGACUAUAUAGGACCUCGUUCCCAAGACGCGGAAUCGAUAUUCAUAGGCCUUCACGGGUCAUUGUGCGGACAUUACAAACGUCACUGCCUUAUAGAUGUACUAGACCUUGGCUGCCAAAGCCCAUCUCCUCUAUCAUUUACUUCCCACACUAUCACAUCUUUGCGAAACACAUGACUCCACCACCAGCAGCAGACACAUUGACGUCAAACCACCCGGAGAAGGUUCAAAUGCUUGUCCUCGAGACUGAUGAAACACAUCCGGACACGCAGAAAGAGACGGGUUCCUUUGGGGACGUUCUCGGUCAAUUGUUGAAGAGAGCGGGGAAUGAGCAUGAACCGAGUCUGGGUAUUGAAACCGAGAUGCAAUACGUGGUAGAGCCGCAAGGUGGCGCGGUCCCGACAUUAGAGGAAAUCGGAGACGAUAUACACGCCGUCUUGAUCACCGGGAGUUGCUGGGAUGCGCACGGCGACGAUCCGUGGAUCCACAAACUCAUGCAAUUGAUCAGAGAUGUCUGGACAAAGCGCCCCGACAUCCGUUUCUCAGGCAUAUGUUUUGGCCAUCAAAUCAUCUGCCGCGCCCUCGGCGCAAGCGUCAAGCCCGAGGAGGCCAGCGAAUGGGAACUCAGUCACACGCCUGUCUACCUCACCAACAUUGGUCGCAAGCUUUUCAAGCUGCCCGAGACGGAAAAGAAAAUUCAUCUGCACCAAAUGCAUCUCGACCACGUCGUGGAUCCCCCGUCACCCGACACGACCGAUCUGCUGCCCAAAGGCACGGAGGUACAUGUCUGGGGCACGACCGAUCACACCGGUGUCCAGGGCGUGUACAUCCACAAGAGACUGUUUACUACGCAGGGGCAUAUGGAGUUUGACGAAGACCAUGUCAGGAGACAGUUGGAGAUGCGUGUCGAGAGCGGCAGUGUGAGCAAGGAGGACGCGGAUGAGGCGGCCGAGAGCGCGCAUAUGAUGCACGAUGGGCUCCUGGUUGCAAAAGCGGUGCUGAGGUUCUUCCAUGGUGAUGACGAUAUCUAUCAGUAGUGCUGUAGACUGGGGUUCCGACGAGGCAAAGGUCGAUGUGAUGUGCCUAUCCUGCUGUUCAGACCUGGCUGAAAGAUUCAGACUUGCCAGAAGAACAUGUGAAGAUCCUUGUGAAUGUUUUCGAGGGGUACAGUACCCUGAAAGUGUAUAUAGCACUGAGCCAGAUCUUUACCCUGUUUUUGCGGGUUAAGUUAUUAGGGUUUAGGUUGUCUCGAUGCCAUGAAUCAAGUGGAAUAGCAC